UCAACAGCCUCCUUUUACUUUAAACAUGGCAUGCCCGGCUAAAUUUUGGAUGGAAAAUGUUGUGCCUGAUGCUGCAGAACAUGGCAAAAAUAUUUUGAUUCGGUUGUACAAGGAGGACCCUGCGGCUCUGGGCUUUUUCCCUAAGUAUAAGGACAUUCCUGUGUCUGAGCUGGGUAGCAAUGCUGAUGUGAAAGAACAGGGUGCUGUUGUAGUCAAAGCCUUGGGAGAGCUGCUGAAGCUGAAGGGCCAGCAUGAAAGUCAGUUACAUGCAAUGGCUGAGUCUCAUAAGAACACCUACAAAAUCCCAGUGGAAUAUUUUCCUAAAAUUUUCAAGAUUACAGAUGCAUAUUUACAAGAAAAAGUGGGAGCAGCGUAUGCAGCUAUCCAGGCUGCCAUGAAUGUAGCGUUUGACCAGAUUGCCGAUGGACUGAAAACCCAGUACCAAACUGUCUAAGGAAAAAUGUAAUGGUCUUCUCUUUCCCUCCCAGUAUAUGAGAUAUUGUAUGGAAUGUUCCGCUAUAUUACGUGCAGUUCAGUGUAACCUCAAUACUGGACAUUUUACAGUUCACUUUGUAAACAUGUAAUGUAGAAAAUAACAGAAUGUGACCCCAGUUCCUACUUACACUUCAUGCAAGAAUUUGUAAAAUGUCAUCUGAACAGGUUAUUCAGGAGUUAAUUAGAAGCAUUAAUGUAGUUACCUGCAGAAGCUGUAUUGUUUUUAAAUUUACCUUGUUAACUGGCAGCUGUGUUACUAAUGUAUGUCUACAUAGUACAUUGAAGGCACCAAAAUAGUUUACAUUCCUAGUGCUUGUGAUCCCGAACUUGUAAAAUUGAUCUAGCUGUUCCACUGAGUAAACAGCACAGAACUAUUCCAGAUGACUAUAUCAAGACAGAAUAUGCUCAUGUAAUUCUGUGAAGGCUUUUGUUAUGGUUUCAUACUUAAGGCCAUGUCUUCAUGUAUGACUCUUGUCUGAGCCUUAUAUUUGUAUUUUGCUUGAAUGUAUGUUGCAUACUUCCACUGUAAUAUUUUAACUUCUUGAAUUGUUCUGAGUUAAGUCUAACAUAGUGCACUAAAUUGGUUCCCAAAGCACAAACUUUUACUAAGGGCUGAUGUGACAUACAGUAUACUGGGAUAUACACAAAUUAUGUUGAGUACCUGCUUUGUGAGUCAGUUUUAAAAUUAUCACUUGGCUUUUAUAAAAUAAAGAAGAAAAAAUAAAAUA